AUGGUGCUCGGCUUCGGCAGCAUCAACGUCAACAUCAACAGCCACCAAAACAAAAACCCCGACCCCUCCCCCGCCAUCUACCCAGCCUUCCACGCAUCCGACGCCCCCUAUUCCAUCCAAGAGCAGCCCUUGCGCUCGGCCAUCUUCAUCCCGGCCGACUUCAAGCAUGGCGCCGACGGCAAGACGCCCGUGGUCCUCGUACCGGGCACGGGCUCGUACGGCGGCGAGGCGUUCGAGCACAACUUCGCCAAACUCCUCCGCGCCAGCACCUUCGCCGAUCCCGUGUGGCUGAACAUCCCCGGCCGCAUGUGCGACGAGGCGCCCCGGAAUGCCGAGCACGUGGCAUAUGCCAUCAACUACAUCGCCACCGUGUGCGGCAAGAAGGUGGCCGUGGUGGCCUGGUCGCAGGGAAACCUGGCGACACAGUGGGCGUUGAAAUACUGGCCGAGCACCCGCGCGCAGGUCAGCAACUUCAUUUGUCUGUCGGCCGACUUCAAAGGGACCGUCGAAGCCUGGGGCCUGACGCCGCUCCAAGGCAUGGUGCCGGGCACGCCCGCCGUGUGGAACCAGACCGUCAAUUCCAAGUUCAUCGCCACGUUGCGCUCGAACGGCGGCGACUCGGCCUACGUGCCCACCACGUCAAUAUACUCGGCGACAGACGAGGUCGUGCAGCCGCAGUUCGGGUCGCACGCUUCGGCCUUGAUGAAGGACGAGAGAAAGGUCGGAGUGACCAACUGCGAGCUGCAGGUCGCCGCCUUCAUGAAGCCGGCCGGGCUGGCGUACUCGCACGAGGGGGUCAUGUACAGCUCGCUGGCCUGGGCGCUGGCCGAAGAUGCCAUCAAGAACGGUGGACCUGGCCGCUAUGACCGGAUCAACAUGGCGAGCGUAUGCCUGCACCGAAAGGCCCCGGGGUUGACGCUGUGGGACGCGACCCAGACCCAGGCCCUGAGCGGGUGGUGUUUGAAAAGUAUUCUGCUCUAUAUGCCCAAGCCGUGGCGUGAGGCUGUCCUCCCCCUGUAUGUCGCGUCGGAGAAGAUCAACUACGUUGCCGAAGAGGUUCCCAUACCCGCAAAGCCAGCGGUGGCUGUGGUGGAGACUGAGGUCGAGGAAGUAGCGGUCGUUGCUACCUAG